CGCAUUUCCAGGGGAGGGACCGGGGCCGAGAGGUGCCGCCAGCCGCCUUGCUGCUAAAAGGCGGAGUAAGUCACUGAAAGGGCAGUGCCUGGAGAAGGGUUGUGCUCGCAAAGGGGUAAAACAGAUUCUGUUGAGUUCUGAAUGGAAUCGGACGCGACCCAGCGAAUUUACCGCGAUUCCUCUUUUGAUGGUCAAGCACGAGAAGUCUUGAAACGUGUAAGGCCUCUUUUUUGGGUGUUAGGAUUUGCGUGGCGUGACGAGAGUGACCCGACCAUUCCCCAGCCCCCCAGGUGAAUAGCUUGUUACAGCUGUUCGUUAUAUUUGUGACAGCAGGGUGGUUGGUGUAUCACAUAAGGCAAGAUAAUAUGACGCAAGGGAAUGUCGGGCUCAGCACUGAAGAUCCAGAAAUCUGCUGGUGCAAUCUGCUUUCCUGUCUGCUGCAAACUUGGCCUGUGUCUUUGGGACCUCACCAAGGACAAUCUUCAAGAGGGGAAGAAAAAACGGCGGAGGCACGCUAUGACCUCAACAGAAUUUAGAUGCUAGACAUUGUGUAUGUAUUUUACAUAGCACAACCAGCAGGUAAAAUACAGAAGCAGCCUUGGGAGCUGUGGUGGGAGCUCUGCUGUCCUUGCCUGUGGUUGCCUUAGCAAAUAACACAGCAGGUGAGGGACAGGAGGUGAAACUUACAGAACAAAACACGCAGUGCUGGGGACCCUGCACGCACACAACACAUUUUGGGACUUUCCCUUUGAACUACUGCUCACCUCACCUCAUACACAGCCUCCCAAUUUCUGAACUCUGUGCUUUCCGUGCUACAGCAUCAGCCAUUAAGUUGGAGAGUCAUGCUCGCUCCUGCUGCUGCUCUGACCCAGUCAUUCUGGAGCAUUUUGCUCCUGAAUAGAAAAUUUCAAAUGGAGAAAAACCCCUCGUGCAGAACCGCUCCCAGUUUGGGAGCUCGCGUGCUCUGUAGGGCUGAGGAGGGCACCAAGCAUGGACCUACUGUGUCCUGGACAAUUUCUCUUACAGCAGCAUCAGAGAUGAAAAGGAGGGUGCUAGCAUGGCUUUCAGCAAGAUGGCUCUGUUUAAGCAAAAGGUUCACAUGAUCUCUCCAGUAGCUCUUAAGCGAGCAGCUCACUGUAGGCGUUUCCUUGAUGAUUGGACCUGUCCUUUUAGGUCCCCCAGAGGCAUUUUUCUCUUCCAUGCACAGGAGCUGGACUGCAGACAGAUUCCACUGGGACUUUCCUGUCUGAGCAUUUGGUAACAGUGUUGUGGUGCCUAAAUAUGUUUUUUGGGUCAUCCAUCAGCCUCAGAUUACAGAAGCGUUGCCAAAAGUGGAGGUAAAACCUGCUGCAGAGGCAUUUCAAAUACUGAUGAGUGCUUUUGAAAGGUGUGAUACCCUGAUUGGAAAGGAACUGUAGAUAGUGAAAAAUGCCUAAAAAGAAGACUGGUGCUCGUAAGAAAGCUGAGAACCGCCGUGAACGUGAAAAGCAGAUAAGGGCUUCAAGAGCCAACAUAGAUUUAGCCAAACAUCCUUGUAAUGCUUCAAUGGAAUGCGAUAAGUGCCAAAGACGACAGAAGAAUAGAGCUUUUUGCUACUUCUGUAACUCUGUUCAAAAAUUACCCAUUUGUGCACAAUGUGGAAAAACCAAAUGCAUGAUGAAGUCUUCAGACUGUGUUAUAAAACAUGCUGGUGUGUACAGUACUGGACUAGCAAUGGUGGGUGCAAUCUGUGAUUUCUGUGAAGCUUGGGUGUGUCACGGGAGGAAGUGUCUCAGCACACAUGCCUGUAUCUGCCCUCUCGCAGAUGCAGAAUGUAUCGAGUGCGAAAGAAGUGUCUGGGACCACGGAGGCAGGAUAUUCGCCUGCUCUUUUUGCCACAAUUUCCUCUGUGAAGAUGAUCAGUUUGAACAUCAAGCCAGCUGCCAAGUUCUGGAAGCAGAGACAUUUAAAUGUGUUUCCUGUAACAGGCUUGGGCAGCAUUCAUGCCUGCGUUGUAAGGCUUGUUUUUGUGACGAUCAUGUGCGAAGUAAGGUUUUCAAGCAGGAAAAAGGAAAAGAGCCUCCCUGCCCUAAAUGUGGCCAUGAAACUCAGCAGACAAAGGAUCUGAGCAUGUCAACACGCUCUUUGAAGUUUGGCCGACAAACUGGAGGUGAAGAUGCAGAUGGAGCUUCUGGUUAUGACACCUACUGGAAGAGCCUCUCCUCCAGCAAGGCUGGAGAUGCAGGUGACCGGGAGGAUGAAUAUGAUGAAUAUGAAGCAGAAGAUGAUGAUGAAGAUGACAAUGAUGAGGGAGGGAAGGAUUCUGAUACUGAGACCACAGAUGUAUUCAGCAAUUUGAAUUUAGGAAGGACCUAUGCUAGCGGGUAUGCACAUUAUGAGGAACCAGAAGAUUAAGCUUAGUAUGCUGGCAAGCUAAAAACACUUGGAAGGAGCCAAGCAGUGCUUCACUUGAAUUGUGCACGUGCCAGUAGGAUAGCUCUAUCAGGUACUUACAUAUCAAAGUUAGACAGUAAAGAGUGCGGGGCUUCUGCAGUAACUCCCAAGUGAGAUUUUGGGGGCGGGGCGGGGGAAUAAACAGAUACUGAGUUUGGGACUGGGGGAGAAGACAGGAAUAUUUUUAUUCUCCUAAGCAAGGGAAGUGGUUUUGUCCUUGAGUUACUGAGUAUAAUGGUUCAAUGUCAUUUUCUCCCAUCGAUACAGGAAUGUGGGAGAGCUGUACAACUUGUUUCCAUUUGCUCAUCAGAAAUCAAGUUAUUUUUUACAGUAAUUUUGUUAACUGAUUUCAUAAAAUUAAUGUAGUGGUGGGUUGGUGAUUGCAUUUUUUUUUGGUCUGCACAAUAAAGUCAACUGCAUUCUCUAAUGAAUUGUCAUAAAUAUUGAUCUCCCUUGAGUAGUUGGAAAGCAGGUUGUAUACAAAGUGUAAAUUGACACUAAUAUAGCUUCCUUGUUUAUGUAGGUAGGGCAGAUCAAUGUAGUCCUCCAGGUACUUGAACAUCACCUUUUCAGCAUUUUUAGCAUUAGAUAUUAA